GGAGGAGAGAGACGAAGGUACAAAGAGUUGUUCAGGUGAAGUCGUGCAGAAAUGCUGAGCAGAAUAAAGAAGACGAAGUUAAAUCCCAGACUGUAGCUGAAGACUUUCUGCAGCGUUUUGUUCAUUCUAAAAAAGAAGUGAUUGUGGGUGUGACAUAGUGUCUGGAUUAUGUGGAGGUUUGUCCUGACCGUGAGUCUGCUCUGCUGGAGGUCUGAGGGCACUGUGACCUGCAGAGACAACAACAAUGGUGCUGUGGAUUGGUACAUCAUCUACAAGGCACCGGCACUGCAGCAGCUGACUGGUUUGGAGUAUCUUUACAUUGACUCGACUGACAACAAUGUGAAAAUAAUGCAACCUUCCACACCUAACUAUAAGGGGAUCAACCAUCCUGAAGGAGUCCUGGGGCACACCCUUAAGCCCCUCUUUACUUCAAUCAGAUCGAUGUCACCAAACUUUGGGUUCAUCAGCUACAGUGAUCAGCCUCCAGGCUGCAGUGCUUCUGACAAAUUUGGCCACAGUAAAGGGGUCCUGAUGGCGGAUAAAACCGGCACAGGAGUCUGGCUCUUGCACAGCACACCACAGUUCCCCUUCAGAAGACACAAAGACCACUUCUGGCCUGAGAGUGGGGCAAGAAAUGCUCAGAUAUUUAUCUGUGUUACAUUCCCCUACAACCAGUUCAGACACAUUGGUAAUCACCUGCAGUACAUUGGAGCUUUCCCAUUUGAACACGAUCUUCCAGAGGACUUUCAUGGAGAACUUAGGGAUGCUGUUAACUGGAAACAAAGCCCCCCACCCAAUAAUUUCCAGCUACUAACCUCAAGUGCAUCAAACAUCUUUAAUAGCAUAGCCAAACAACAGUCACUACAGGCAAAAGUUGGAGAUCUUUACGUCACGAUUGCACAACUUGUUGGCAGUGAUCUGGACGUUCAGACCUGGGGCUGCCAGUCCGGUCGUUCCCGCUCCUACUGUAUACCACGCAUCGCGAAAGUGAUCAAUAUUAAGACUAUAAGAACUGGUCUGGGUGACUGGACUAGUAAAAAUGAUCACUCAAAGUGGUGUGUGGCUCAAAAUCAAAAUAAAGACUGGAUUUGUAUAGCUGAUAUGAACAGGGCGCCAACCCAGUACGAGAGGCGUGGGGGUGCGCUGUGCUUUCAGAAUGCAGCAGUAAAGAAGAUCUUCAAAAUUUUUACUGGGGCCACUGAGGAUUGUACGACUCCGAGCAUCAUGGACACCAUGGACACGGACUGUGAACCGGACUCCAUGUACUCUUCAUUGAUGGGAUAAAUAACCCCCCUUGAUCGCCUGUCUGACUCCAUGAUACAAUAAAACUGAUCAUUAGCUCCAUUAUCACUGUUAGCUUCAUACAUGAUGUGAAUGCUGCCAUCCUGUUUGUCUGUGCAGUAGUGGGCAGGAGGUGGAGCCUAUACACCCUCCUGAGCCAAUCAGGAGUGUUGUUGCUAUGGUUACACACUGAGCAUUGAUUCAGAACAAUGAAUGCUUAAUGAAGCUGUAACUGCUGCUGUUCACCUGUCAAUAAUGGAAUAUAAUGAGUGGUGUCCUCCUGCUACCAUCUGAACAUACUGUAGUUUUAGAGGAACCACUGCAUAACUGUGAUGUUGUGCAUCCAUGGCUUUGUGCAUCUCUUAAUCCUCCUGUGUAUGUACGGACUGUUGGUGUUUCAGAGAAUUUAAAAGGCUUUUACUGCUGAAGUAUAUGAGAGAAGACCACUGAAUCUUGAAUAAAAACAAAUCACUGCCUGACCAUCGUA